AACGUUUUUCCACUGACAUUAUGAGCGGGUUCGUCUUUCCCAUCUUCUGGUGCUAGAUCAGAAAUUGUUCUGCACAAUCCGGAAGGAAAACACCUGGGCAAGAUCGAUUGCUUCACAUUCAGUUGCCGAUUGUUGAUCUGAACACUUGUUCAACUAUUCACGGAUCGUGUUUUAACUUUGUUGAUAAUCGUGCUGUUGAAUACGAUUGUGAUCCAUUGAAAAAGAGACGUUUUCAAAGUUUAAAUUAGUGAGAAUUGAUGUUGGCCUAGGAAUAAGACAAGAAUAUUGGACGAAAGAUAAUAAGUGGAAGUGAUAGUGGAUAUCAACUACGGCGACGUGUAUUUAGUGACCGAUUAGUUUUUAAUUCUUUAAAAACGUUUGAUUAAUUCAAAUUUUCUGGAGAAUAACAGAAAAUAUCAGUUCACCCUCAUUUUGUUGGAAUAACUUUUUAGCACGUAAUCAAAAGGUGUGUCUUGCAAUUAACUGAACUCUAUUCACUUAGCGUGAGUGAAAAAUAGUGUUUUGUUUAGAUCAUACAAUGAAAAGUUGUAGAAAUUUAAACCAAUAACUACUAAACGCGUAAAAGAAGUAAAAGAUAUAAAUAACAAAAAUAGAAAAAAAAAAGAUUCAAAAUGUGGUUCUCAACAGUCUUCUUCGCAACAACGUUGGUUGCUAUCAGCACUGCACAGACCCAUGAUAAUUACGACGUUAACGGUGUACGUUGUUCAUUCGCAUCACAAAAUUCUAAUGUUGGUGAUCUGAUAGUGGCACGGCUGAAGCGGCCCACAGGCUUUAAGGGUACUCCUCUGUUCGCUGAUGAUAGAUCCAUUGAUCCUGCAAAUGAUAAAAAUUGUGCUAUUAAGCCUGACCCUAAUGAUGCUUCGAAUUUGUACUUUGAUAUGAAAAUAACGGACUUUAAGCGAUGUGGAGUGUUAAAAAGGAAUGGAUAUGUGCACAUUAGAAUAUGGUUCCCGCAGUUUCCAGGUGUUGUUAUGCAAUCGGACCAAGAAGUUAUCAUCAUGUGCAGACCACCAGAACCGACUGUUAUAGAAAAUAAGGCCGCUGGAUUCGCUGGAAGUUUCCACAACAGUGCUCGUGUAUCAGGCAUCGUCGAAGAAACUCCAGGACGUCUAGAAUACGAAGUCUCCUUAUACAAAGAAUCUCUCGCAGCUGCCCGUAUCGGAGGACCUUCAUCAUCCCCAUUAGAUGAAGACGAUACAUCUGUAUCCAAUGAAAAUGAACUCCCCGUCGAUCAAGCCGUCCCGAUCGGAACCAAACUCCAAAUCCGUGCCAGGAUCAGCACUGAAUCAGCAUGGAAAUAUGUAAAAUUGAUGGAAGUAACAGUAUCGCCAGACCCAGAUGAACCACAUGCUCCUGGAGCUGUAUCUUUAGUACGUGAUGGCUGCCGUAAUCCAGAUUUCGUUUCUAUCAUCCCCCAUCAACCUGCUCGUUUCAUGGAUCGGCCAUAUGAGGUGUUCUUAAGUUUCGAAGCCUUCUUGCUGAGUUCCAUGCGCGAACGAGCCACUCUAUGGAUUCACACACAAAUUAAGGCUUGCAUGGAUGUUAAAGAUUGUCAGGCGGAAUAUUGCUCGGAUCCAUUCCAAAAGACCGGCAUGGGAAGAAGGAGAAGGAGCAUAGAAGAUGGUAGAAAUACAACAAAGGAAUUCACCAGAUUCAAGGAGAAUAUUGAGUAUACGGUGAUCAUGCCUGGAGAUUAUGAUAGCCAUCACGGGGAUAGUGACUGUAAGAGUUUGCUUGUUAUGGCCGCACUAUUGGGACUUCUUCUUGCAAUUUCUAUUGCUUUUACAUGCUCCCUCGUUUUUAAGUUGCACACGCAGCAUAAAUCGAAUUUAGAUAAUUUCGUUUCUGCAUGCAAAGGAUAUUCUGGACGAACAAUUGUGCAUUAAUUAUGAUAAAUUAGUGGAAGAAAUUUACUUUUUUAUUUCUCUUUUUAAGAAUCAUGUGUUUAUUUAUUUGUUAUAUUUAUUUAUCAAUUAUUUAUAUUAUUUAUUUCUCCAUGUUCUGUCUCCAUUAUUUAUUAUUAAUUUUAUUUCCAUCUUCAUCUUUUCAUCUAAAACUUUCCAUUUAAUUUUAAAUCAUUAAAUCAACUGAGAUUUAUGAUGGCAUUUGUAACAAUGUAACACUUUAGUUUUAGCUUUUUUUAAUAGUUUAAGAUUUUUUUUUAGUUCUUUCGGUCUAUUUAAAGAGUCGGAGAAGAUUUUAUGGGACAUAGUUUAUGUUUUUUGGGGAACAAAAUUUUCAUGAAAAAUUGAAGAAUUUGAUUGAAGUAAGAAUAUUAAUUUUCACUUCUAAGAUGAAUGUUUCCGUUCAAGGAAUAAGAAUGUGACUGAAUAAAAGAUUUUAAAUUGAUUUCAUUUCUUGUGUACUUUUUUUUGUGGGAAAAUUGGUUCUAAUUUAGAAGAUUGGAUGUUAAUUUUAUUGAAGUUUUGUAGAGAUCGGUUUCAUGAAGGACUUUAUUUUGUGAAUAAAUAGAUCUUAUGAUAACUGUCUGGGUUUUUAGUUUGUAAGAUA